AUACUUUGGGAGUAAUAAGGCCGUAUUACAGGAGAUCUACUGAUCUAUCUAGCAAGAAAACACAGGAAACCCCAAAUUCGCUCGUUACAUACCUACGAUAUCACCUGAUAUACAUAAAAUGGCACCUCUCCGAGUACUAGCCCUACCGGCCUUCGCGGCUCUCGCUACUGCCAUCAGCUACAGUGACUAUGUGCCGUCUUGCGGUCCGCCCUGCAUCUCCAAGGCUGUCGAUGAGAACACCACUUGCGACUCAAGCGACAACAAGUGCAUUUGCGACCUGGUUUAUACCAUCAAGCGUGAUGGCGAGACGUGCUUCCGAAGUGGCUGCUCCGAGUCUGACUAUGGUGGUGUUAUGAAGGGUAUCGACGAGUUUUGCAAGGCUGUCAAGGGGGCGCCCAGUGAGACGUCAACCAGCUCUACUGCGACUCCCACGAGCACUGAGACGAGUACCGACUCGAGUACCUCGACUGGAGAGUCUAACUACCCGACGUCUCCUACGUCCACCACCUCUCCCACGCCGUACCCAACUGCGACUGACACCACUACUCCUCCCAUCGGCUCAUCCACCAGCGAGUCAAGCAACACGGAGUCUACACCCACGACCACCGUUACCGAUACUACUACUACCGGCGGGUACCCGACUUCUGGUACUGACGUUACGACGCCUCCUAUUGGGUCAUCUACGUUGUCAUCGUCUUACACCACCAGCCCACCCCACUCCAACACUACCACUGGCGUCCCUACCCCUACUUACCCGACUAGCGGCGGUGGUAACGGCGGUAGCAGCGGCGGCGAGACCCCAUCGGGCCCCACCAGCACCCCGACCGAAAUUCCCGGCACCGGCGCCGGUGCCCAGCUCGGCCCACGUGUCGGAGCCACUUUCGGUUCCAUCCUCCUGGUCAGCGGUCUCGUCUACUUCGGCAUUUAAGCUGCAUAUUCUGCAGCAGUUGCGUUUUUCUAUAUGGGUAGCUUGUCAUGACGAAACUUUCGUGUCUUAUG